AUGAGAAUCCUUUAUAACAUCAGCCUCCAGAAAGCCACUUUCUUCCUGACGGGCUUCCAAGGUCUGGAAGAUCUCCAUGGCUGGAUCUCUAUUCCCUUCUGCUUCAUCUAUUUGACAGUUAUCACAGGCAACCUUACCAUCAUCCAUGUCAUCCAUACGGAUGUCACCCUCCAUGAACCCAUGUACUAUUUCUUGGCCAUGCUGGCCCUCACAGACCUGGGCCUUUGCCUUUCUACACUGCCCACGGUGAUGGGCAUCUUCUGGUUUGAUGCCCGAGAAAUUGGUAUCCCUGCCUGCUUUCAGCUCUUCUUCAUCCAUACUUUGUCCCUAGUGGAGUCUUCAGUCCUGUUAUCCAUGUCCAUUGACCGCUAUGUGGCCAUCUGCCACCCCCUGCGUUAUUCCACAGUCUUGACACCUGCACGUAUCCUCAGGAUGGGGCUGAGUUCAGUGUUCAGAAGUGCGCUGCUCAUCCUCCCCCUGCCGUUCCUCCUUAGGCGCUUCCAGUACUGCCACUCGCAUGUGCUGGCCCACGCCUAUUGUCUGCACCUAGAGAUCAUGAAGCUGGCCUGUUCUAGCAUCAUCGUCAAUCACAUCUAUGGGCUCUUUGUCGUGGCCUGCACUGUUGGUGUGGACUCACUGCUCAUCUUCGUCUCGUAUGCCCUUAUCCUCCGCACCGUCUUAAGCAUCGCCUCCCACCAUGAGCGACUGCGGGCCCUCAACACCUGUGUCUCCCAUACCUGUGCUGUGCUCCUCUUCUACAUUCCCAUGAUUGGCUUGUCUCUUGUGCACCGCUUCGGUGAGCAUCUGCCCCGCACUGUCCACCUCCUCAUGUCAUAUGUGUAUCUGCUGGUCCCACCACUCAUGAACCCCAUUGUCUACAGCAUCAAGACCAAGCAAAUCCGCCAACGCAUUGUUAAGAAGUUUGAGUUUAUAAAAUCACUCAGGGGUUUUUAG